AAAAACCCAAAAUUCAAAAUAAACUUUUAUAAAAAAGAUAAGGUUAAUGUGAAAUUUCAGAACCCACCAUUAUUAUUAUUCUUCUUCUUCUUCUUCUCCUAUCAAAACCAAUGGCGACGGCUGUGAAAGUGUACGGACCACCGUUUUCCACCGCCGUGUCCCGAGUCCUGGCCUGUCUUCUCGAGAAAAACGUCGAGUUUCACCUCAUUCCGGUCAACAUGGCCAAAGGAGAGCACAAGCGCCCGGAAUUCCUCAAGAUUCAGCCGUUUGGCCAAGUCCCUGCGUUUCAAGACGAAAGCAUCUCCCUCUUCGAAUCUAGGGCAAUCUGCCGCUACAUUUGCGAGAAGCACGCGGAAAAGGGGAACAGGGGACUGUACGGGCUGGACCACUUGGGGAAAGCUUCGAUAGAGCAAUGGAUUGAGGCGGAGGGGCAGAGCUUCAACCCGGCGAGCUCGGUUCUGGUUUUUCAGCUGUGUUUCGCGCCGAGAAUGAAGGUGCGGCAGGACGAGAAGGCGAUAAGGCAGAACGAGGAGAAGCUGUCGAAGGUGCUGGAUGUGUACGAGCGGCGGCUGGGGGAGAGGCGGUUUCUGGCCGGAGAUGAGUUCUCGCUGGCCGAUCUAUGCCACCUGCCCAACGCUCACUACCUGGCGAACGUCGCGGACACGGCGGAGCUUUUCACGUCGAGGAAGAAUGUGGAGCGGUGGUGGAAGGAGAUCUCCGGCCGGGACUCUUGGAAGAAGGUGGUUCAACUGCACAAACAACCAUCUGCGUCUGCUUGAUUGUUGUUUUGGCAUUUGAUCCAUUUCUCCAUGAAAACUAUUUGUGGCAUUUGAUUCAACAAACCAUAGCCAUCUAUUCAAUAAAUGGUGUUUAUUUCAGUGAAUUGUGUUUUACUAAACAGAAUAAAAUUGUGAAACUGUAUUUGUUGAGUACAGGGUUUUUUCUUA